GUGAGGGAGCAUGAGGAGGGGAGAUGUAUCUCUGGGAGGAACACACACACAUCAGAGGUGCUUGAUCCAGUCCAUAGCUCUCGCUCCCUCAGUUUCUCCCUCUUGAUCUGAAGCGCUUUCUUGCGUUGAGGGGAGAGCUUAGCUUAUAACGCGUCUGAUAUGUUGUCAGUUGAUGACUUAAUGGAUGUACGUCUGGGGGCUCCAGGACGGAGGAGUUGCUGGCAAGACACAGCAGCAACAGGUCUGUAAGGAUGGAACGAUAAUGAUGUCAUGUAAUCUCUGCGCAGGUAACAUGCAGGCUUCUGAGCGCCUGACCCUAUCGGAGGAAAGAUGAGGCACCUAGAACUUGGUUUACCAUGUUUAGCGCCCACUACAACCACUCCCUUGCUGCCAUGAGCGGAAACGACAUGAUGGCGCACUCCCUGACUCUGGAGCAGAAGACGGCGUUUGCCUUCGUGGGGAUGCUGCUGGUGUUCCUGGGGCUGCUGAUAGUCAGGUGCUUCAGGAUCUUGCUGGACCCCUACAGCAGCAUGCCCUCCUCCAACUGGGCCGACGGCAUAGAGGGGCUGGAGAAGGGGACGUUUGAGUACGCCCUCACUUAACACAGGGACACACACACACACACAUCCACAGAUGUCCUCACGAACAGAGAUGCUCACAAAUUCAAACACACACACAUAGCCCCACGCAACCAUUGCUCCCGACACUGACGCACCAUUCAAACAUCUCUCUGUGACGGACUCGACCGAGAGACUGAAGCUGUGUAUGUUGUUCAAUGUGUGUGCGUUAGUUAGCUCAGAGCCAGACAUGUCUGUCGUGUCGUGUGUGUCGGACCAAGAGUGAGACAGAUGCUGUGUCAUAUUCUCCGUCACCUUCUAUCCAAGUGGCGCGCAUUUCAGAUCACCGAGUUGCACAGAAAGUGGCCGAAAGGGCCCUUUUAAUAACUCAAUGCCUACAAGUUGAAUGUCUUAUGUAGAUAAAACGAGGUGGAUGCUUGUGUGACAGGAUGCAGGGUCAGGGUGAAGCGGGGACUAUUCAGAUACAGUUUGACGACUCAGGGACAAGAUUCCUCCUGUGAACUCCGAAUGGGAAACAGAGUGACGCCACUUCUGCACAAGAAUGUAUACUGUAUGGUUGGAUACAGGGUAUUAUGUUAAAAUAGUGCUUUGUGGACUAAUCAAAAACAAUCUGUUGGUGCCGCCGCCGCCGCCGCUGCUGCUGCUGCUGCUGCUGCUGCUGCCGCUUUGUGUACAGAUUGGUCCUCGCGGUGGUGUCUUGUUUUUUUGGACGUCACGCAGCGAAAGGCAACUGAACAAACUGUGAAUCAUAUCACGGUGUCACUGUUUUCUUAACGAUGCAAAAACAAGUCUUUGGAGAGUGUGUACUGCUGCUGGCCUAUGAUAAUGGUACACCGUAUGUCACACGGUAAUGUUUACUCUUGUCUGCAAAGACAUACGAUGGUUGUGUUGAUUUCUUUCCCCCCCCCAUCUGUCAAGCGCUCUGUCCAAAGUUUGGCUGAUGCGGUCGAGCCAAAGAACUUUUGAGGGAAAUUAGGAUUGAAUUAGGAUUCUCUCUUUCAGUGCUGCUAGUUUUCUAAUGACAAGAAGAAACUCUCAGUACCCGUCUGCAGAGGGCAAGGUCACGUGGAAAAUGGGGGUGGGAUGUCUGUCAACGCUGCACGUGGACACCUUUUUUCCUCCUAUUCUCAGCCAUCCUCACCCAUUCUCACCUGCUCUCUUCCCUCUAGAGAGAGGAAGACGGGACUAAACGGAGAUUCUGUAAAACUGCAGCAGACUGGGCGAACUCUUGAGUGUUCCUUUGCUAAUUUUUACAGUCUACGGUUUUUCCUUAGUGCUGUGAAUCUGCCUUACUGUGACCUUCAAUGGGUUUAUGUGCCUUCAUCUAGAAACAUUAGAGCACCUGAGUGUGUGUGCGUGUGUGUGUGCGCACGCCUGUGUGUAUGUGGCAUAUCAUGAUGACCGACAGUGCAUCUCGUGACCUGUUGCUUGCUCAGCUGGUGGUAGAGAUUCUUGUUGAUAUAGAUUUGAUUCAAUGAUGUGAAAUAAAUGGAAUUUCUUCACUUUAAAAAUGUCGUCGGUAGACUUUUUGGUUCUCUGGUUGCACUCUGUGGAGCAUGAGUUACACACGUCGGCUGAACAAAUAGGAUUCAGGCGACAGUUGACAGCGCAAUGUACAUUAUUGCUCCAGCAAGUAGCACAAGAGGGAGUGUGGCAGCAGAGGAGAAAGAGAUGCUUGUCGGUGGGUACAAAAAAGUUCUGGGUCUCAAAUAUCACAGGAGAAAGAUUACUCCUUUAACUUUAAUGCACUUGGUCCACUGAUGUUCAUGCUUCACUAUAGCUUCACAGAAGAAGGUUACGUUGGUAAAAAACAAAGGUCACAAGCACUUUCUCAUUAUCCCAAACCACAGUAGAAUCACCCUGACCAUAUAUGCCACUUGCCUGAACUUUUUGAGAACCAGCGGAAUUGUGUGUCCCCCAUAAGGCGCUACAUUUGGGCUGACAAUAUUGGACCGCAUAGACUUCCCAUGUGGGACCCAUGUUACUAAAAAAACAUAUGGGACCUGAAGUGUUCCCACUUCAAGCCAAUGCCCAUUUAGUACCCAGGUAGUCUAGAAAGGGUACUAAGUGGCCAUUGGCUUGAAGUGGACAAACCCACCCCAUAUUAUUAACCUGGAUAUAACCCUUAUGAGGCCCACAUGGACUUGCUGGCUGGGAAAGUAGUGAACCCAUGAACCCAUAAAUCUUCUCAGCACUCUGAGUCAAAAGCAUCCUCAAUAUUUCCACUCUGUUCAGUUUUUGGUCUGAUGUUAACAGUCACGGCACAUAUCACAGUUUGCUCAUGCUCAAAAUGUCAGGCCAAAGGGCACGAACUGAGCCGCCAACCGUUGGCGUCCACGAUUUUCAUGACCGUGCAGUGAAUGACAGCCACUUGAUUGUCCACGGUUGUUGAUUUUGGGUAACCCUGAUUUCGGGUUGUCUGAGGUACUCUCCCUUCCCUGCUUGAAAUCAGCAACCUGCCUAUUUGUGGAUAUCAAGGGGAGUCACGCCGAGUGUGCUCUUUGUGGAUUUGCUCAGAGGUCGUUCCCUUUUUAUUGAUAUUGAUCACAGCUCCUUCAAACUUGCAAAGAAGCAAAGACAAACAUUUGAGUUUUUCAUGGACAGUGAUAUAAGGCUUUGGGCCUGGGUCAUACUUUCAAGUUCAUGUCUAAAGAGUUAUGCUAAAGUCCAUGUGACCUAAAUGUCAUCAUCCACCAACAUUAGUGGUUGUAGGACGUACGCGAUUACCUACACCAUAGACCAUAGAUGUUACCAUAGAUGCCAUAGAGGAAGUCCGCCAGUGCCCAUGAAAGUACAACCCAUUGCUCAACAAAUACCUGAACAUACAAAUGGAGGGAACUCAUGGUGCUACCGGAAUGUAAUGUGUAAUGUGUCAUUUAAAUGAGCAGCAGCUCUUUGAGGACGCGUAAUGCAGAAAGUAUGACCCAACCUCAUACUACAGUGAUGCCUCAAAAGGGCAGUUACACUUCCAGGUGAGGUCAAGAACUAUUUCAAGUCUUAUGUGUGAGUAUGCACGUAUGGUCUAUUGAGCCAAAAGGGCAAAUGUAGCAGCAGUAAGUGAUACACACUGGCAUCCAAUGACAGUCUUGUGUUGACAAAGCAGGUCCUGAUCUGCAAAGUCUACUGCAAUGAGGGGCCAAACCACCUUUCAAGCCCCCCCCCAACCCACAUCAUUCGCCUGGAAUGCAAUCAUUAUUGCACCAUUAUCUCUGUCACCGAGGUGACAUCCUUAUCUGACAUCUUUCUUUUUAGUGGAAAAACACUGCCCUUUUUUUCUGCUCAGUCUCGAAGCCCACUAACCUUAGUUGGAAAAACCUUAGCUGGAAAACUCACAAUGACGUUAUCAGAUUUGAACAAAUGUGCCCACUCUGUUUAUUGUAUUUUCAGGUCUUAUUGUGCUGUCAGAUUGCAUUUGACUUGACAUUUACUUAAAAUUCCAUAAACCACUUUCCAUUCAUUGAUUGGAGACAACUAAACUCUUCUUCUUUGCAUACAAAAAUAAGAUUUUUCCUAUAAUGACACAGCAUAUUUCCUAAAUGCAGCAGCAAGUAGGCUUAAAUAAUUCUUACGUAGUAUUAGACCUAUGACUCAGCUGAAUUGUGAACCUUAGCGUUUGAUAAUCAAUUAUCAGUUUUAUUACUUGUGGUCUUCGGACCUCACAAGCUAUGCUCUUGAUUUGUUGUGAUAAGGUCAGGGGAUACAAACGCCUUUACCAGCUCUAAAGGUGCCGUGAUCUCUGAUGAAUGCUACUUUCACAACAGUCAUGUCAUUAAAAAAAAAAAGCUUGAGGCAGUCGGAUCAUUGAGGUGAUAAACAAUGUUUAAUUGUUUUAAAAGGCUCUGUGCACAGGCCUCAAUAAAACCAUUGUGUUCUGCAACAACAGUGGAGCAUUUUGGUCUUAAUGGGAACG